AUGAGGCUUGCCGCGCUGGCGGACACACGCGAGGGCGAGCACACCCCGCCAGUAGACCGCGAUGCCCCCAGCCCCGUCGAGGAGGCCGCAGCCUGCAAAGAAUUCCACCUCACGCAGGAAGCAGCCCUCUACUGUGGCAUGGGCGGCUUCUACAGGAACAGCCCUGCAGGACCAUACGCCCGUGACGCCGACGACGCUGUCGCACGACUCCUCGACCUGGAACUCGCGGCAGGCGACGUCGCGCGGCUCCAACACAACAUCGGCAUUCACGUCACGCAGGCAGUCCCCGCAGAUGACCAACUGCACGCGGACAGACACGCGGUCGACCGAGGCAUUACUUCAGACGAGAGCGAAUCGGCCCGGCGCGCGCUCCUGGGAUUCGCCGACAUGGCUGGCGAUGACGGAUUGCUCAAGACUACCAGGCUCAAUGCAGACGAUGGAGUCGGCGGCAUCGUGGAGCGCGCACUCAUCAGGCAGCUACGCAACGACAG